AUGUCUAGCAGCCCUAAAAAGCAAUAUCACCUGAGCUUUGCAAUGGCCAUGGAUCACGUCACGAUGAAGUAUAGGCUCCACACGCAUUGGGUCCAAGUUGAAGGAUUGCGCUUGUCGGAUUUCGUCCAGUUCAAGCUGCCUCUAGGCACGACCUCAGUUUCUAUUCACAAGUAUGCAGAACGAGAUGCCCUAGUUUUUGAUCAUCAAUCGAGCCAUUGCAGAGGGGAUCAACAAUCGGAGCCCCUUUUAGUUGCGCUAGCUGCGAGAUCGCCUAAAUUUAGCCGUUCACAAAAACGGCCGGUUGAGGCUGUGUGGCGGAGUCGUGCCGAGAAGCUGGACGUACUGUGUACCACACAUGGCGAUGCACUGCUGGGUUCCCCAGUUGUCUUCCUGCCAUCGUCCAGGAACGACCAAUCCAUGCAUGGGGCAUCGGUGGGCAUCUCGGUCAACAACAUGCACCACUAG